AUGGCUUCGCGAAAGCGUCGACUCUCCAAAAACGAGGGGGCAAUCGUUUAUCUAUUUAAGGAAGUUGGUACAGCCCGACCCAUAAAAGUGAGGUGGUUGGACACGGGCCAGAAAGCAAAUCGACGCCACGGUGCGUUGAACUUUUGGCCUUCUGUCCGUCGUCGGCACCUAUCCUACUCACCAGCCGCGGUGCUCAUGCAUGGCGUGCACUUGACCAGUUUUGCGCAGCCUGCAUAUAUUUGCUGCGGACGGCGCGCGGGCCGCGAGUAUAGUCGCACCGCAUUUUGUGUGGGGACAACGUUCCCGGAUUGGCUAGUGUUGAACAUUCAUUCGGUGUUUGGUGGUGGAAAAACUAAAGCAUUAGAAGCU